CGGUGCGGGAUUUCCACUCCUUUCUCUGACCCUUCUGCGUCGUCCAACGCGCAUUUUGGCUCUACGCCCAACUCUCUCGGCCAGGCGUCACAACACGUCCUUUACUCAACUCCCGACAACUCACCAACAUCGGAAACGCCGUCCCUGAAGUCGACGACGCGGUUCAUGGCUAGCGAGAACGCGAGGAUGUACGGCGUCUCACCAGAUGCAGCGUCCACCACGAACCUACUAAGCCCGUCCUCCGGGGGCCAUGUGAGCGAGAAGUCUCCGCGGUUUCCUCAGGGACCUGGUUCAUUGCGCAAUGGCUCCAGCACGAUGUCGUUGGCCGAGCUUAACCCUUCUAAUACUGGCAGAUCGUCCACGGCGCCGUCGCUAUCUGACAAGUUCUCGCUCUCCCCCGAUCCGCAUCAAUGGGGCGCCGAGCUGUCUAUCAACCACGCAGAGCCUGAUGACUUCCUGCACAACCCAGAUCCUAAGCGGGACAGGAAGAACGACGAAGGAGGAACAAUCUUCACAUACCGCGGUAUCACGAACCUCGGCUGCCUGCUCCUGCUCGCACUUUCUCUGGGUACACUCUUUGCCGGUUAUCCUCUAAUCACAUACUUCACCCGCACUAAGCAAUCGAAUCAGGGCGGGUUUAACCUUGGCGGUACGAAUGCUACCGGUCAGGUUCCUAGUAUGCCCGGCAACUGGGGUCUCAUCGAUUUGGAGACACCUAAAGACGCCUAUUACAAAUCCGCCUUCCGUGACGGCUCUGAGAUGCAGCUCGUUUUCAGUGAUGAAUUCAACACCGAUGGUCGGACCUUCUAUCCCGGUGAUGAUCCAUACUGGGAAGCUGUCGACUUGCACUAUUGGGGUACCAACAAUAUGGAAUGGUACGAUCCAGCAGCCAUCACGACGAGAAAUGGUUCCCUGGAGGUGACAUUGUCCAAGAAACAGACUCACGGCCUAGACUAUCAAGGUGGCAUGAUGUCAACCUGGAACAAAUUUUGUUUCACAGGAGGUUUGAUCGAAGCCUCUGUGGUGCUACCCGGCGCAAACAAUAUCCUAGGUCUAUGGCCUGCUAUCUGGACCAUGGGCAAUCUUGGACGCGCUGGGUACGGUGCCACUUUGGAUGGCAUGGUGACCUCGAUUUCCGCUGUCUUCUCUAGCGCGCAGUUGACAUUUUUGCUUUCUUUUAAGUGGCCCUAUACAUAUGAUUCCUGCGAUGUCGGCACUGCUCCCAAUCAAACCCACAACGGCUUACCUAUUUCUGCGACGAACACGGGGACCGACAAGAACUACAACAAUGAAUUGUCCUAUCUUCAGGGGCAGCGUUUAUCACGUUGCACUUGCCCGGGAGAAUCACAUCCUGGGCCGGUUCACGAAGAUGGUACAUAUGUAGGACGUGCCGCGCCAGAAAUCGACAUCUUCGAAGCUCAGAUCAGCGGGGAUCCUUUAACGGGACAGGUCUCCCAGUCGGGUCAAUGGGCUCCGUUCAACGCUUAUUACCAAUGGUUCAACACCAGUGACAAUCUGAUCAUUCCAGACCCCAGUAUCACCGUACUGAACAGUUACACCGGUGGUGUGUACCAGCAAGCGACGUCCGGUGUGACACAGACAAAUCAAGAAUGCUACGAGCUUACUGGAAAUUGUUAUUCUAUCUACGGAUUUGAAUACAAACCCGGUUUUGAUGGAGCCUACAUCUCAUGGAUAGCGGACAACAAGGUUGCCUGGACGCUGAAUCAAGCGGGCAUGGCAGCGGAUACCCGGGUAGAGAUUGGACCCCGGCCUGUCCCCCAGGAGCCACUCUAUAUUCUUGUCAACCUUGGCAUGUCAAGCAAUUUCGGUUUCGUGGAUCUGGAUCACUUGACUUUUCCUACUACGAUGAAAGUGGACUGGAUUCGUGUCUAUCAGCGCACGGAUAGCGUCAAUGUCGGGUGUGAUCCUCCCGAAUUCCCAACCGCGGCUUAUAUCAACCAAUAUAUCGACGCUUACACCAACCCCAACUUGACAACCUGGGUAAAUGACUACAAACAAACAAUACCCAAAAACUCUUUCUUGGGGCAAUGCUAGAUAUUCCACGUUCCUUCUUUGUUGAUUGUCCCGCAUCCGCACUGAUAUUUCACUGCAUUGUUAUCAUAUUAUAAAGACGCUCGUUCCGCACCCGCAUUAAAUAGAAAUUCAUAAUAGCAUAGCAUGUCGAUACCCCUCCCAUGGAGCAAUUUAAUUGCACUUGAUCCCC